AUGGCAACAAUGCCGCCUACCUCCAUCGUCUUCUCUGCGAUAGUCUUCAUGCUCCUUUCCACUGCCACCGCUACUCAAGCCAAUGGCUGUGUCAGUGGCAAACCCAAGGCGACACACCUCAUAGUGGAAGCAUGCAAGAACGCCUCCGACUACUGGCACAACAUCACAGAGGCAUUCUGUUUGUCAACCCUCCAGUCCGACAAUCGGAGUGCCAAGGCUAAGAACCUCCUUGACUUGGUGCUUGUCUCCAUUGAUAUCUUUAAGGGACAUGUCACUAAGGUUGGCGUUGAUGUCAAUAAAAUGCUGCAAAAUGCCAAGAAAGGCACAAUUAUGAUGCAUGCUCUCCGUUUUUGUGUGGUGGACUAUGAGACCGUGUUGAGCACCCUUAACAUCUGUGAAGCCAUCAUUAGGGAAUACCAAGCUGAAAAGGGUGGGAUGAAGUCCUCGAAUAUGCCCCAAUGUGUGGAUCUGGCAGAGCAUACUCUUAAUGAGUGCUUGUCUGAGCUUGCUGAUAUGCCAUGGGCGAAGGCGCUGAUCAAAGAAAAUGAGGAGCUGCGCAUGCUGGUCUACCUCAACACUAACUUGCUUGCACCAUAUAAUGUUCGUGAUUAA